UGACCCGUCCCCCCCUGGAAGCUGACGACAAGCAGGUUCAGACUUUACAGGAUUUCCUGUUGUCAUCCUCAGUUACAGUUAGUGCCGAGAAUGAUGGACAGCUCUCCAAGGAGGUGGAUCUUAAAACCACUGUCACCAGUGCUCCAAUCUUCAGACCUCCGGACUGUCCCCAGCAACUCUGAAAGUGAAAUCCCAAACCUGGAUGCCACUGAGAAGACAGUGGUCCUCACCUCCAACACCAGCUCAGUUGCUCAUAGCCGUUCUUCAGGAGCAGUGUCGUACCAUUGGGGUGAUGUAUCUAAGGAUGUGGAGGUGGAUUACAGGCGGGUUGCUGUGUUGGAGGACAGCGGAAGUACCAGUGAUGAGUGGCAUCCAAGCAGCCCUGGCAGCAGCAUCAGCUCAAAUUCUGGCUUUUACGCUUUUGUGGAGGAUCCAACAAGUCCAGAAGCAGUGCAGAAUGAAAUGUGGAUGGUCUCACCACAACGACAAGCACAUCUACUUAUCAUCAAGGAGGACCAGGUCUACAAAGUCCAGACAUACACCAGCAGCCAAAAGCCAAAGAAUCUGUUUCAAGAGAUUGAUGAUGACUUGCACUAUAAAGUAGAUGAAAAGGACAUCAUGAAAGUGGUUGGUGAAAAAGAAGAGCAGAAGCUUAGAAAGGAGAUUAUUCGUGGCCAGGCACCAAAGAAGAGCUUAACUGUCAACAAAUCUUUUGAGGAUCGCAAACAGAGCAGUGACACAAACUGUCUGAUUGAAGGUUUUAGUCUUUGCUACAGUUCUGCUGGCUCCAAACCAGAUGUGACCCUUCCAGAUGAUCCUGAAACCAUUGAUCGGGAACAAAUCAACUUCAGGGUAGCCCGCCAGCAGUUCCUGAAGAUGGAGCAUGACCAGCAGAAAGCAUUCUGUGAUCAUAGGCAGUCUUCAAAAACUCCUCAGCACAUGUCUGUGAACCGAGAUUCUGAUUUGUUUUCAAAGAAGCAGGUAGAUGAGGUCAACCAAGAGUCCAAGCCACACGCAGCUUUGGAUGAAGACAAUAACUUUGCUUUGAGAAAAGUGACAGAACACUGGAGUGGAGAGAAUUUAAGCAGGCAGAGCAGCGUGUUUGAUGACUGGGACCUGCAGUCAGAAGAUGAUACAGGCCGGUCUAUUUCCAGCUUUUGGCAACAUCACAGGAACAGCAGGUCUACAAGUGAGCAUGAGACACCAAUUGAGAGGGAGAUCCGAUUGAUUCAGGAACGUGAAAUGAAUUUACGACUCUCACGAGGCCUGAUGGACAGCAGCAGCAGAGCAGAGAUGGUCGAGAUAAAGACCAGAUGUGUGCAGGGUUCACCGGUACCCUUCAAGGCCAAGGAGAAGAACCGAGUGAGCAUCAUCUCAAAGACUGAGAUCCACAAGGAAAGCCAAGUUCCUCCAGAGAAGCCCAUGGAGAGAAAGAAGAAUGAGAGCAUGAGGACAGAUUACAUUAUGUGGCCUGUAGAAGCUGAAGCAGUUCUGUCUCCCUGCUGUCCACAUCGACACACUGAGGAAACAGAGUUGUGCAUCAGCAAGAUGAGCUCAGGUCCUACCUCCACCAGUCUGGGUGGUUUAGAGGUCCAGAACCGACAAACAAAAUCCCAACAGGAUCUGACAGAGCUGAAAAGGACUCAAGCUGACCGUUUGGCCACAUCUCCAAUGGUGGUGACAGAUGGUGAGGAUAAACUGGGUCUCCUUCAAUCUAGUGAAAUUGGCACGUCUUCAUCCUCUCAUUACGCUUCCUCAUUCGCUCUACCAUCAACGCUAACACCUCAGUACCACCCCUCCUCCACCUGGACCUCAACCUCACCCUGGUCCACUCCUCAUUCCUGGAGAGGGAAGUUGCAGUCAAGAACAUACAGAGCUCCAGACUUCAUUGAAAAGGAGAUUGAGGAGAGUCUGAGGAGAGAGGAGGAGCUUCGACAGCAGAGGGAGUCCAAGAAGGAGAACCUGAACUGGCUACUGUCCCCUCUCCAGGUGCAGCAAGAAGAAAAGAAGACCCUCAGUCUGGCCAGCACUGUGUCUCCGGCGCUGUCCUUGGACAAAGAUACAGGUGAAGCCGGCAGUCUGUCAUCUCAUGCUGCUGUGCGUCCAUCCAUCUCCUUCAUCACUGCUCAGCCCUGGACCGGCUCAAGUCCCUCCUGGUCCACCGGCGGCCCCGUGGUCUCUUCGUCCUCACCGCUCCCUCUCUCCUCCCUGGUGCUUGGGUCUGGAGCACCUCCUCAGAGGAGCCUGGCGGGGGCGCUGCUGCAGGAGUAUGAGGAGAGAACAGCCAAACUGAAACUGGAGGAGAGCUCGGUUGUCGAGUCAACUCGAGUCACUCGCCACAAAAACCAACGUGCCCUCCGCUGGGAGGCUGGCAUCUUCACCAACCAAUUGGACCAAUGAGACAACAUGGGUGGAGCCACAGUCUGAUACUUCCUACCCAGGACUUUAAUCUGAUUCCCUCCAUCAUCUGAUCCUGAAGCUGUUGGAAAUAACUGCUCCUGAUUGGUCCAUUUCAAAUCAAAGCCUGUUAAGGCCCCCCAUCACACCUUACGAAUUAGCCAGCGUAUGCCAAUCGUAUAAAAAAAACACUGGCCAAUAAGUUAAGGGUAAGUUUUUUAUAAGUUAAGAACAUGUUAGUGAUGGGUCAAAAUUGCAUCGCCAUAGCGGCCACACCCUUUGACAUAGAAAAAAGCUUUCAAUAACUUUUGAUCAGUAUCGUCUCUGGAUGAUGUGAAAGAAAUUUGAAGUGCAUUGGACAAAAUCCCUAGGAGGAGU